CCUGCUGCUGUCAGCCAGGCCGGCAGGCGAUUGGCUGGGGAGAAGGCAGUAAUUCGAACUGCCUUUUGUGCCUGGCUAAUCAGGACAGCGCAGGUUCCAGGAGCUGAGGUGCCUGGGUGUCAGACACCUGUGACUUAGCUCUGCUGCCCCGGAGCUGGCUCGUUGGCGGAAGUCUGCCUCUGCGCCACCUGCCCGAGCCGCUAAGCCCUGUUGGUGGGCCAGCCCGGCUGUGUGUCACGCCGGACAGAAGUAUCCGGACAACCGAGGACGAUGGAGGUGCUUGAGUUCCCUCUUCUGUGAGAAAUGUGUGUGCGGAUGCGAGCCGUGCAGACCCUGAUGCCUCUAACUCCCUCAACUCAGAGCGGCUCACCAGCGGUCCCCAGCACCGGAAAGCAACAUGGUCAGGAGGGGUGAAGCUUCGGCUAAAGCAGAGGUACAGUGAGCCUGCCACUCGCCCUCACUCGUGGCAUGCAACCAAGUGUGGAGAGAACCACCCUGAUACCAGCAUGAUGCAGAUAUCUCAGGGCACGAUGGGCCCUCCUUGGCACCAAAGCUACCAUUCCAGCUCUUCUACAAGUGACCUCUCCAACUAUGACCAUGCUUAUCUGAGGCGGAGCCCUGACCAGUGCAGCUCGCAGGGGAGCAUGGAAAGUCUGGGACCUGGUGGUGGAUACCCACCCUGCCAUCUCCUUUCUCCUGCCAAGUCCAUGAGCAGCAUCGACCAGCUCGGCCACCUCCAUAACAAAAGAGACUCGGCAUACAGUUCCUUCUCCACAAGCUCUAGCAUCCUAGAGUAUCCACCCCCUGGUGGCUCUGGCCAAGAACGUUCAGGUUCCAUGGACAUGAUUUCUGCUCGAGGCGGCCUCCUAGAAGGGAUGAGGCAAGCAGACAUUCGCUAUGUCAAGACAGUCUAUGAUACCCGGAGGGGAGUAUCGUCAGAGUAUGAGGUGAACCCUUCAGCUUUGCUUCUUCAAGGUAGGGAUGCCCACGCGUCAGCAGGUAUUCAGGGCUGUGCUAAAUGGCACAGCGUUCCUCGGGGCAAGGGAGCACCUUCCCCACCUUGGAGCCAGCAGUGCCCCAGUUCCUCAGAAACUGCCACUGACAACCUGCCUCAUAAAGUGGGUGCGCCCAUGCCCCCUACUCGGAGCGACAGUUAUGCAGCCUUCCGGCAUCGCGACCGUCCCAGCUCCUGGUCCAGCCUUGAUCAGAAGAGGUUCUGCCGACCUCCGACAAACUCCCCAGGUUCCUUGAAAACCCCGCUUAUCGAGGAACAGCUGCAUACAGUCCUAGAGAGGAGUCCAGAGAACAGCCCCCCAGUGAAGCCUAAGCAUAGUUACACCCAGAAGAUGCAGCCUGGCCAACCCCUACUGCCCACUGGCAUCUAUCCGGUACCCUCUCCAGAGCCACACUUUGCCCAGGUGCCUCAGCCUUCUGUGAGUAGUAAUGGUACAGUCUACCCUGCACUGGUCAAAGAGAGUGGAUAUACAGCUGCUCAGGGAGCUUGUAACAAGAUGGCUGCCGUAGAUGAGAAUGGAAACCAAAAUGAAGCUAGCAGGCCGGGGUUUGCCUUCUGUCAGCCCCAAGAGCAUGUCUCAGUGACCCCAGGGGAGAGAAAUGCAGAACCCACGGCCAAAUAUGUCCCCUACAAAGUCCACUUCUCUUCAGCCCCCGAAGGUGAAGACUCCUCCCUGAAGAGACACGUCACACCUCUCCAUGGCAGCAGAGUGAGUUCUAAUCACCACAGCCUCUCAUCUCCUCAGGCCCAGGCCUUGCACGCCGGGGAUGGCAAGAGGCCUUCCAGGCUCCCUCAGCCCUGGGAGGAGGACGUUCAGGAAGAUCACAACGCCAACCUCAGACAGAAACCGGAGAGGGAAGCUCUAGGCCAGAGCCAACCAGGCAGCUUUGGCAGGACCAAGUCGGCCUUCUCAUCUCUCCAGAACAUUCCAGAGAGUCUAAGAAGACAAGGCAGCGUCGAGCUUGUAGGAGAAGCGCAGGAGGGCCACCCAGGUGGCAGGCCUACCUGUGCCCUCAAUGCCAACGUGGAAGAGCCUGGCAGGAAAGCCGGGCCCGACAACAGGAGCCACCAGGACAGGCCCGUUUCCUAUGCAAGGCCGGAGGGGAAAAUGACCGCCGCAGACAAUGUGCACCGUCCUGACCCAAGGUCGGAAGAGCCCCCCGGCCCACCGCUCCAGCAGACGAGGAGGCUCAGCUCCAGCUCCAGCAGCAGCAGCUGCGCCCCUGGCCCGCAGUACCGGAAGCUGCACUGUUCGGUGCUGGAGAAGGUCUCCAUGAUCGAGGAGCGAGAACAAGGGCGCCACAGGCUCCCGAGCGCGGGCAGCAGCACGCUGGGCCUCAACCAUAGGCCCGGCAGGACGGGCCAGACCUCCAGCCCUUCCAGCGGCAGUGGCGGCAGCGACUUCGAGGGCCCAAAGGCCAGCGUCCAUGCGGCCAAGGCCCUGGAGCAGCUGCGCCCCGGGGAGUCCAGGCCAGAAGAGGCGCCCUGCUGGCAGCCGUGCGGCCAGCCACCGAGGACGGCCGGGGACGGCCGGGGGCCUCCCGUCCGAGGAGGCGCUGAGCCCCCGAAGCCCGAGGCCCGCCUGCUCCGCAGCCAGAGCAGCUUCCAGCUGUGCAGCGAGGCGGCGGCCGGGAGGGAAGCGUCGUGGCCGCCGGAGGACAGGCCCCCCACGCCGGAGUCGCCCGUGCUGGACGCGCCCUUCAGCCGCGCCUACAGGAACAGCAUCAAGGACGCCCAGUCCCGCGUCCUGGGCGCCACGUCGUUUCGCCGCCGGGACCUGGGGCCCGGUGCCCCGGCCGCCUCGAGGCCCUGGCGCCCCCGACCCGCCUCGGCGCACGUGGGCAUGCGGAGCCCCGAGGCCGCCGCACCCGCGUCCUCCUCGCCUCACACCCCACGCGAGCGGCACAGCGUGAGCCCGGCCGCACCCCAGGCCGCCCCGCGCCGUGGUGCCCGGCGGCGCCUCCCGCCCGAGCACAAGAAGCGCUCCUACUCGGAGCCCGAGAAGAUGAACGAGGUGGGGGUGUCGGAGGAGGCCGAGCCCGCGGCCCGCCCAGGCCCGCCCAGGCCGGCCCCGCCAAGCUUCUCCGGGGAGAGCAGCAGCACCGUGGCCGACCGGCGCCGCCUCUUCGAGCGCGACGGCAGGGCCUGCUCCAGCCUCAGCCUGUCGGGGCCCGAGCUGAAGCAGUUCCAGCAGAGCGCCCUGGCCGACUACAUCCAGCGCAAGACCGGCAAGCGGCCCGCCGCCGCCGCCGCCGCCUGCCCUCCGCAGCCCGGGCUGCGCGAGCGCGCCCACAGCGUCUACCUCCAGGCCGGCCCCGCUGCGGCCCCCGACGGCCCCGGCCUGGCCUCGGCCUGCAGCCUGAGCUCGCUGCGGGAGCCCGACGCGCCCCGCAAGGAGCACCCCCACCACCUGUCUGCAGCAGCCGCGGACGCCCCGCAGGCGCCCGCGCCCCGAGAUCGCAGCAGCUCCUUCGCCGGCGGACGCCUCGGCGGGGCCGGGGAGCGACGACGCUGGGACCCUCAGCCCCCCAGGCCGCUGCUCAGCGGGGCAAACUGCGGAGCGAGGGCCACCCAGAGACCAGACAGGACCCCUGGCAGCAGGCCGCCCUCUUGGAGCAUGGUGGCCGCCAAGGCCGGGAAGUCCAAGUCAGCCGAGGACCUGCUGGAGCGCUCUGACACCCUGGCUGUCCCUGUGCAUGUGAGGUCCAGGUCGUCUCCCACCGCAGACAAGAGAGGCCAGGAUGUGCUCUUGCAGGAAGACGGUGGCUUUGGUUUUGUGAAGGACCCUUGUUGUUUGGCUGGCACUGGAUCUAGGUCUACCAGUUGCUCAGACAGAGGCCAGAAAGAGCCAGCAUUGCCUCCUCACCAUCCUACCCCUUGCCAGAAUGGCUCAGGUUCUACUGUUGGUUCCCCAGCUCCUAUGGAAUGUUCUGGAGUUCCAGACCACCCGAAGCAACUUAGAAUACCUUGCCCUAGGCCACUUCCGUCAGGAACGCAAGGCCACUUUCCAGAUGCCAAAGCUGCCUCCAUGGCCCCGUUCAGGUCCCCUCUGCCAUCUCCUGUCCCCUCCAGUUACCGGCCACAGCUUACCAUGGAUCAUCAGACUGAAAGGAAUGGGCAGAUGGAGCGACAGCCGCUUCCACCUUCCACCCCUGCAGUUACCCAGCCUUCCAGCCCAAAGUGCCAUGAGUUCAGCAGCCCAGAGCAUGGGCUAGAAGAGGGCAUGAGGAGGAAGGCAUCACUGCCCCAGCGGCCCCCUCCAUCCUGGGUGAAGUGGGCCCAUGAAGCCAGAGAGGACAGCCUUUCAGAGGAUGCCUUGGCACCUGAGUCUGCAACUCUGAAGCACUGUAAAAAUCAGAGUCUGCCCAGUUCAUGCAGCACUUCAGACCCAGACACUCCAGGGAGGAUCUCUCUCCGAAUAUCAGAGUCAGCCCUUCAGGCUUCCCCGCUACCCCGGGGAGACUAUGAUGACGAAGUGUUUGUGAAGGACUUGCACCCCAAGGUUACUUCAAGCCCCACAUUCGAGGUGCUGCCCCCACCUCCACCUCCGUGCUCUCUACUGAGCCAGGAAACCCUAGUGAAUAGCUCUGAUGAUUUCCCUCCACCUCCUCCCCAGGCCAUGCACGAGGCAUUGAUAGACAGCGAGGCAUACAAGGAACCCGGCAGCAGUAGUUCCUGCCGAUUUCCCAAGGUGACAGUCACAAGGGACAGGCACGUGCCUGGUGCAGUCCAUUCCGAAAGUAGUCACAUAACGACUCCCAAAGCACCCCAAACUUCAGCCACAGGUUCAGAAGUCGAGUCCAGCACACCUUCCGAUGGGAAUGCUCAGAUGCAGCUCUCCAGUUCUCUUGGCAAGCAGGCCUCUCCCAACCAGACCCAAAGCCUCACCCGUGAGUCUGUCAGUAGAACUCAGGAUCUAGAGCAGAAUAUCCAUGCAGAGCCCCAGAAGACCUCGGAAGAUAUCCGAACAGAAGCUCUUGCCAAGGAAAUUGUCCACCAAGACAAAUCUCUGGCAGACAUUUUGGACCCGGACUCCAGAAGGAAGACAACGAUGGACCUAAUGGAGGGUCUGUUCCCCAGGGAUGUUAACGUGCUUAAGGAAAGCGGCGCAAGGAGGAAAGCCUUAGAAGAAACCAUCAGACAGACAGGGUGUGAAGCCAAGAGGAGUGAUGGCAAGGAAGCAGUAGGUGUGCUGGUCAACUGCCCUGCCUACUACAGCGUGUCUGCUGCCAAGGCAGAGCUGCUGAUCAAAAUCAAAGAUAUGCCAGAGCAGGUGCCUGAGGAGGAGGAGCAGGAGGACGUCAACGAGAAAAAGGCUGAGCUCAUCGGAAGCCUCACCCACAAGCUGGAGACCCUCCAGGAGGCCAAGGGGAGCCUGCUCAUGGACAUCAAGCUGAACAAUGCCCUGGGGGAAGAGGUGGAGGGCCUGAUCAGUGAGCUCUGCAAACCCAACGAGUUUGACAAGUACAAGAUGUUCAUAGGGGACUUGGACAAGGUGGUCAACCUGCUGCUCUCACUCUCUGGACGCCUCGCCCGAGUGGAGAACGUCCUUAGUGGCCUCGGUGAAGACGCAAGUAAAGAAGAAAGGAGUUCUCUGAACGAGAAGAGGAAGAUUCUGGCUGAGCAGCACGAGGAUGCACGGGAGCUCAAGGAGAACUUGGACCGGAGGGAGCGCGCGGUGCUGGCCAUCUUGGCCAAUUAUCUGUCGGCCGAGCAGCUCCAAGACUACCAGCACUUCGUGAAAAUGAAGUCCACACUCCUCAUCGAGCAGCGGAAGCUGGAUGACAAGAUCAAAUUGGGCCAGGAGCAGGUCAAGUGCCUGCUGGAGUCGCUUCCCUCGGACUUCAGGCCCAAGGCGGGGGCCAUCUCCCUGCCCCCAGCCCUCACCAGCCACGUGACUCCUGUCGGCGGCAUUUUCCCAACCUUGACCUCUCCACUUUAACCUCCCCUGAAAGACCCAACCGAAAGAUGCCACACUCAACACUAUUUAAUCUAAAAGGUGUUUCACUACGACUGCAGUUUGAACUG